GAAAAGUCUCAGGGCAAAACGCAUGUAGGGACGAAACGUCUGGUAUUCGUACGCUACCACGCCAUUUUGUAUUUUUGUGUGUGUGCAGUUAACAAAGCUUUUUGUGAAAUCACCAUUAAAAGCUUUAUUGAAGGCAACAAAAAUGAGUGAAAACGGGGAGCUUCGAAUGUCAAGGUCACAUUCUAGGGAGUCGGAGGGUUCUCACAAAUCAGAUGCCACAUAUUCUCACUCAAGAUCCCCAUCCAAUGAAAAGGGAUCUCCCAAGUCCAGAGAUUCCAGAUCUAAAUCCAGAUCCAAGUCUCCAUACAGACGCUCCUCUCGCCGGUAUUCUGGGUCCAGAUCCAGGUCUAGAUCACAUUCAAGAGGACACAAAAGGUCAAGAAGCAGAUCAUAUCACAGAGAUCGCUAUUCAAGGUCACGGUCAAGGAGCUAUCACAGGAGGUCAAGAUACUCAAGGAGUCGAAGCCGUGGAAAAUCUCCAAACUACCGGGAUUACUACAGCAGAGAGAGCCGCAGUAGUCGACAUCGAAGCCGCAGUCGAUCGCCAGGAUAUUCCAGGCGACGGAGAGGAAAGGAAACGUCCCCUAUGUCCAACAGACGCAGACAUACUGGAAAUAGAGAUAACCCAGAGCCAACAAAGUGUCUGGGGAUAUUUGGUCUGAGUUUGUACACUCAAGAACGAGACCUGAGGGAGGUCUUUGGUCGAUUUGGCCCGUUGGAGGAUGUGCAAGUUGUGUAUGACAGACAGACUGGGCGAUCCAGGGGAUUUGCUUUUAUCCACUUUAGAAAUGUUGAAGAUUCGAUCGAGGCAAAAGAUCGUGGUCCUGGAAUGGAGAUAGAUGGAAGAAGAAUCCGUGUGGAUUUCUCAAUUACUACAAGAGCACACACCCCUACACCAGGAAUCUACCUUGGCAAGCCUACAGCGUCCAGUUACAGCAGAAGAAGAUCCCCAUCUCCCUACCACAGAGGAGGGGGCGGAGGAGGUGGUUACAGCCGUGGGAGUCGCUACUCCAGAUCUAGGUCGAGGUCACGCUCUUACAGCCCUCGGUGUGAAGAAAGAAAAAUGAAGAGAUGUAUCGGGUAACUUCAUUUUGAAGAGGGUAUUUGAAGAUUUGAAAAAUGAAGAAAGAAAAAUUGAGAAGUAGGAAUGAAGAGUUGAUCAGAUCAGAAAAUGAAGAGAAUUUAGUGAAGUAGGGAGGAGGAUAGAAAAUUGAAAGUGUAGGGAAUUUGAAGAGAAUGGGUAUUUAAUGAAGAUAGAAAAGGGUUUUGCAAUUGAAAAAAGAAGAAGGGCAAAAGGUGAAGAAAAGACAGGGUAAGACCAACAAUUUCCUUCCAGUCUUUAAAAGAGUCUCGGUUAUUUAGGCCCCAGUUUUCCUCCUGAAGGAUAUGCCAUACAUUUAGUAAUCAAUGAUUUGCAUGUUCAAAUUUAGAUUUUCAAUUCAAAUUUGAAAGACAAGUUAUUACAGUAAUGUAAUUGUUAUUGGCCCCUUUCGAAAUAAUCGAUGCAUGGUUAAACAGUUUACUAACUAACUGAACAUCCUGAUCUACAAUGACCAGUUAUUGAAUCUUGACACUUUGUGCGCGUCAGCGCAACCUUAUAAAGGAACAGGUUCAAGGGUACAGAAGUUUGGCUGAUGGAAAGAAAUUGCAAGGGUGAAGGGUUGCUGGUUUUAAACAGCAAAUAUAUAUGUACAUAUGACAGCUGCUUUGUUUCAGAAUUGUGGUGUAAAUCUAGAAAAAAAAGGAUGGUAAGUUUUGAGAAGGGAAAUAUAAUGAAAGGUACGAAAAAAAAUAAUUUAUGGAAACGAACAUUUUAAAUAGUGGUAGCAAGAAAAUCUUCAAUUAUAUGACCUUUAAUGCUACUGCUGUUUGUGGAAUAAUUAAUAUUUAAGAUGAUUUUGGUCAACUUACUUAUUUUCUUAUUUAUUAAUGUUAAUUUUUAAACCAAAAGCUAAUGGUUAUUAGGCAUAUUGAGUUUUAAACAUGAAACCUAGGAAGUAUAAUAUUUUAUUUAAGAAUUUCCAGCAAGAUCGGACCACUACUACCCACUCGCACCAAGUUGGUAAAGCCACUAGUGAUGGAGUUAUUGGACUUGGUUUGAUAUCCUAGUGAUGAAAACGAGUGUUAGUUUCUUGAUAUAUACAUUAGAAAUGUCAAAUCUUUUGUAGAUAUUGAAUAAAAAAAAUUGGUGAACAUUGA